UCAGACUGUACAAUUGCUUUCCAAUUAAAUAAACACUCUCCUUCUCCGUCUCGCUCAACGUCCUUGAGGGGGACGAAUAUUGCUGUUGCCUCCGCUGCAAGCACUGCUUCCUCUCACGCCGAGCUUUUGCUGGUGCCCGAGAAGCUGUUGUUGGUGCGCCAUCCCAUUUCCAGCCGCUACACUUUUCUUUUGCCCCACACUCUGCCUAAGCUUAGUGUACCAGGCUUGGUACCUGGCGAGCAUAGCAUCCUUCUUCCUGCCCGCCUCUUUCUCCCGGUUCAGGCGCACGGUCAGACUCUCCACCUCGGCCUCGAGGCUCUUGACGCGGGCGGUCUCCCGCAGAGAGGCCACGUGGUUGGCGGGGUUGCUCUCGUGCGGGUACUUCUCUCGAAACUCCUCCAGCGCCGCCCGCAAGCCCUUGAAGCGCUUCGCGUACAGCUCCUGAAACUCCAGAGUUUCCCGACGGAUCCGCUCGUUCUCCUGCCGGGCCCGCUCCCCGUCCUCGGCCCUCUUGAUGAGCAGGGCGUUCUCGUCGCCUAGCGUCUU